AUGGCGAAGAACUGGGUGAAGCAGAAGCCCUGGCUACCCAAAGACAUAGGGCCAAAGCUCCAUCCCUUCGAUGGCAAUCUAAUGGACCCUAGCGUCAUAUUCCUCAAAGCCCUCGACGUCAACUCCGCCCACGGCAUUGUAGUAAAAGCACGGAUCGGCCGCCAUCUCUACGCCAUAAAAUUCUUCAUCACCCCUCAAGAGGACAUUAACACCAGAGACAUCUACGGCCAUAAAGGAUCAUGGAGCUGCUCUUUCGGCAGAUUGAAGGAGCAGAAAGCCGAAUCCAUCGCUGUCAAAGUCUAUGGAUGGGUUUCUCUCACAACAAGACAGAUUCGAAGAAAGCUCGCGGCUGCAGGUGCCCAGAAACUGAACGGAUUUCCGCCCGGGUUACUCUACGGCAUUGUCAAAGACUGGGUCGAAAUGACUCCGUACCAUGACUCGAAGCAACGGGAUAUGUAUGACCAGAUGGUAGCGGUGAAGUACUUCGCAAGAAUGCUCAAAGAUCUGCACAAGCUUCAUUUUUUGGGGAUCGUGAUUCGCGACUUGAAACCAGAUCAGUACAUCGACGGCAUCCUCAUCGAUCUCAGUCUCGCCUCGACAGUUCCCCAUCCCUACGGUCCCACAGCCGAAUGCCCCGAAAGUCCCUGGCAACCACGCUGGACGUACGAAAGCCUUGCAGCAUAUGAUCUGUACAACUUUCAGGUGCACGUCAUUGACUUCUAG